AUGUCAGGAGGAUCACAACAACAAGGUGUGAGCCUCGACAGCCUGAGCGCCCAGCAGCUCACAGCUGUCAAGAAGCAGCUGGAUGAGGAGGUGGACCACCUGACAACCUCCUUUGCACAGCUACAAGCUGCCCAGAUCAAGUUCAGGGACUGCCUGCGGUGUGUCAAGACACAGGGUGCCACAUCAGACAAGAAGGAGGUCCUCGUGCCCCUGACCAACUCACUCUAUGCCAAGGGCAACAUAUCAAGACCUGACCGUGUACUGGUGGACAUUGGCACAGGAUUCUUUGUGGAGAAGGAUACCAAAAGUGCUGCUGAAUUCUACGAGGGAAAGAUCAAGGAUUUGAGCAGCAACAUCGCGGACCUUGAGGGCAUUGUUCAGAACAAGACGAAUACACUGAGGGCUGUUGAAGAAGUGUUGAAACAGAAGCUUCUUGCAGCACCCAAGCCAGCCUCAUCAUAA